AUGUCUCUUUCUGCUUCAUUCAAUCUCAAAAUUAGGCUCCCGUCUAUAUGUUACAAACCUGCAUCAAACCUCAUUCCAGCCUUGCCUUCAAGUUUAUCGAUAACAAAUUCACAGCAGUAUGAAUGCCCAGCUUUUCUGUUUCCCCCGGCAAACCAGAGUGUUGCAGCAAUUGUUUUCGGAGAUGGUUCACAUUCAAGACUCUAUCCAUUGACAAAGCGAAGAGCAGAAGGUGCCAUUCCUAUAUCAGGAAAUUACAGACUAAUUGAUGCAGUUGUCAGCAAUUGCAUCAACAGCAGCAUUACCAAAAUCUACGCUCUUACGCAAUUUAACUCUACUUCUCUAAAUUCUCACCUUUCAAGAGCUUAUGCGGGGGCAUGCCUUGGGAAAGAGGGAUUCGUUGAAGUUAUUGCAGCAUAUCAGAGUCCAGAAGACCAGGACUGGUUUCAGGGAACUGCUGAUGCUAUAAGAAGGUGUUUGUGGGUACUCGAGGAGUAUCCGGUUGUUGAGUUUCUAGUCCUUCCUGGUUACCACCUUUAUAAAAUGGACUACCAGAAAAUUAUAGAGGCCCACCGGAGCAGCAAAGCGGACAUAACUGUCUCAGUAUUGAGUAGUUCAAGAGAAGAAGAUUUAGGAUUUGGAAUUUUCAAAGUAAAUGCUCAAAGCCAAGUUAUCAAUUUUAGAGAGAAUCCCGAGAUGGACUCUUUGAAAUCUAUGUCAGUAAAAAAUUCGGUCAAAUUUGAUGAUUUUCUUCUUCAUAAUUUCCCGAGCAUGGGAAUCUAUGUCUUUAACAAAAAUAUCAUGGGACAGCUCCUGACGGAAUAUUUUCCUUUCGCGAAUGACUUGAAUAGUGAAGUAAUUCCAGGUGCAAUUUCCGUAGGAAUGAAGAUCUGUGCUUAUCGAUUUGAUGGUUAUUGGGAGGACAUUAGAAGCAUAGGAGCAUACUACCGUGCUAACAUGGAAUGCACCAGAAAAGCAAACAAUGCGUACAGCUUCUACGCCAUAGAUUCUCCAGUGUACACUUUACCUCGGAAUCUGCCUCCAACUCUAAUAACCGAUGCUGUUAUUACAGAUUCUGUCAUUGGAGAUGGUUGCAUUCUCAGCAAAUGCACGGUAGAUGGCUCGGUCUUAGGAAUGAGAACAAGAGUUGGUGAGGGAGCCAUCAUCGAGGAUUCAGUCAUUAUGGGUUCCGAUACCUAUCAAACGAACAAUGUCCAGAAUGGUGCCGGGGAAGAGAGAGGCCUCUGCAAUCCUGUUGGAAUAGGAGAAGGUUCACACAUAAGAAAAGCUAUAAUUGACAAGAAUGCAAGGAUUGGCCAAAAUGUUCAGAUCAUAAACAGGGAUAAUGUGCAGGAAGCAAACAAAGAAGAAAGUGGAUAUAUCAUCACAGAAGGGAUAGUUAUAAUAUUAAGAAGUGCAGCGAUUCAAGAUGAGAGCAUCAUCUGA